UAAUAAGGGGCAACUGGGGGCAACGUGGCUGAACGUGGCAACGCGACGGUGUUUGGAGCAAGAGCAGUCAGCAGUUUCAAGUUCUCGUCGUCGUCGUGCGAGCUGACGCUUCGCUUCCCUUUCCGACGGCGUUUCCGUCGUCGCGAUGUCGAUGUAAGAAGCGAGGUGGAGAACGGAAUUUAACGUCGCGAACUGUCAUUUCGGCGUUUCGUUUCGUUUCGCGAGCGUAAAACCGCGGCUGGCAGCGACAGGUUAUGUAUCCCGCGGUGAUCGCGUCGUCAACGACGACUCGGCCAGCGUAAGUCACUCGCUCGUUCGUCGUCGAGAAUCUCAGAUCGUCGUCGACGGGGUACCCGACAUCCUGUCGCGCGUUCCGCGAUAUGCGGUGACAAGUGGAUUCUAACCUAAUCGGCGAUAACCUUGAAAAAUCACGUCCAGCGGUGCGCGAGCGGUGAGUAUUCGUUGCUGAUCGACUCCGUAUGGAUGUCAAUAUGAGGAGGAAGCUGGAAAAGAGGCACCGGAUGGCGGAGGACGGCGCCGUCGACUCGAGCAACGUCCAGGAGCCCUCCGAUCUGCGAGGGGACGAGAAGAGCAUCGCGAUCCUGUUCUUCUUGUACCUGCUGCAGGGUAUCCCGUUGGGGUUGUGCGGCUCGAUCCCUAUGUUGUUGCAGAACCGAGGGGUUUCGUAUCGGCAACAGGCAGAAUUUAGUUUCGUGCAAUGGCCAUUUUCGUUGAAGCUCUUUUGGGCGCCCAUAGUGGACUCCAUUUUUUCCCAAAAGUUUGGAAGAAGAAAGACCUGGUUGAUUCCCACUCAGUACUUGAUGGGCAUAUUCAUGCUCCUCUUGUCGAAUUAUGUAGAGCACUGGUUGGGCAAAGAGCACGAAAAGCCCAACAUCGAGAUGUUGACUGCGUUAUUCUUCUUCCUGAAUGUGCUCGCCGCGACUCAGGACAUUGUAGUAGAUGGAUGGGCGCUCACGAUGCUUAAAAGGUGCAACGUCGGAUAUGCGUCUACGUGUAACAGCGUCGGCCAAACGGCGGGCUACUUUAUUGGAUAUGUUUUGUUUAUCUCGUUGGAGUCCGCUGAAUUUUGUAAUAGUUACUUAAGGUCGACCCCUUCUGAGGAAGGCAUACUGACUCUGCCUGGAUUUUUAUAUUUCUGGGGCUGGACGUUUAUUGUUACGACAACGUUCAUUGCGUUGUUCAAGCAUGAGGAUAAGGGCAGAGUUUCAAAGGGCGAAGAGCUAAAUAUGGAUAUUAAACAUGCAUACAAAUUACUGUGGGACAUAGUUAAAUUACCAACCAUAAAGACCACAAUUAUAUUUCUCUUAACUGCGAAGAUCGGGUUUUCAGCAUGCGACGCUGUAACCAGUUUAAAGCUCAUAGAAGCCGGUUUUCCUAAAGAGAAAUUUGCUUUUAUGGCCGUGCCCAUGAUACCGUUACAAAUAAUUUUGCCGUUAAUAAUCUCGAAAUAUACUGCUGGGCCCAGACCUAUGGACGUUUACAUGAAAGCUAUGCCCUAUAGGUUAGCUUUCGGCUUGAUAGCAGCGUGUUUAGUGUGGAUUACACCGUUCCUUGUAGUCAAUGGACAUGUUCCAGCUUAUUAUUUUGUGAUAUUGAUAGGCAUCUACUUUAUACAUCAGAUUUCUGCAAGUAGUAUGUUCGUCGCAUCGAUGGCUUUCUUCGCGAAAGUGAGCGAUCCGGCAGUUGGUGGCACAUACAUGACAUUACUCAAUACUUUGUGCAAUCUUGGUGGAAAUUGGCCUGCCACUGCCGCGCUUUGGUUUGUCGAUCCUUUAACAUUCAGACAAUGCAGUACCGACUACGCAAAUGACUGUAGCACAAUUACGGAGCGAGAGCUUUGUGCGAAUACCAAUAACGGUGUUUGCGUUAUGCAGCUCGACGGAUAUUACAUAGAGAGCAUCCUCUGCUUAAUCAUAGGUUUCUCCUGGCUUAGGUGGGGUCGUAGAAAAAUUAAUAUAUUACAGUCGAAAUCAAUGUCCGCUUGGAAAAUCGUACUUACCCGUACCAACAGAUAUUUCAUAGAAGUUUUGUAAAACAGACGAAGACGUGUGUGCGACGCAUGUUCGCAGUUUCUAUUGUAAAUACAUCUAAAAGUAUUUUACGUACGCAUAAAGAACGCAUGACGAAUAUUUAACGCAGGAUGUUAAUAAAAGUUUUUCAUAUAAGAA